AUGAAUCCAUUGUGCUUACAAUCUAGAGCAGUCAUUAGUCCUGAACCGGAAGAUGUGGAACAGCCAAGCCUGAAAGCACUCGGUUACCAUUUUGAUAAUCAUGGUGUUAUGAGAGAUAAGAAUGAGAAAAGGUAUGAGUUCAUUGAUCAAAAAAGUUAUGAGGUAAUUGGUUCAGCUGUCACUCAGGAAAUUUAUCGAAUAAUGGAAAACCCGCCGUAUAAUAUGGAAAGACAGUAUCUGGACAGUACAAACAGGACAAGAAGUGCAUUCAUUUUUCUUAGCAGAGAUUGGUAUCAGAAAGAAAAUCUUGUUAUACUUAUACAUGGCAGUGGUUUUGUUCGUGCAGGGCAGUGGAGUAGGAGGCUUAUAAUGAAUGAAAGUUUAAAUAUGGGCUCACAACUGCCAUAUUUGCGAAUGUGCAGAAGUCGGGAUUGGGGAGUGAUUGUGAUGAAUACCAACAUGAACGUAACUGACAACAAUCCUCCCGAACCACUGCCAGGAAGUAGGACGCCCCUAGAACAUGGUAUUACCGUAUGGGAAAAAUACAUUGCUAGGUCGAAAGCAAGUUCAAUUGCAGUGGUUGCACACAGUGCGGGAGGCACUGUUAUCGCUGGCAUUAUAGAAAAUUAUUGGUCAAAAGAAUGGAUGAAGAGACUGAAAUGCGUAUGUCUUACGGAUGCAGUAUUCACGUUACCAUCUGUAAGUGUUAUGAAAUGGUUGCCAGCAAUAAAGGAUUGGCGAGCAUCUCAGCAUGCUGAAAUAGGCCUUCGAAUAGACAACACUGCGAUAGAUGUAAAGCAUCCUUAUGUGAUUUAUGUUAGUGCAGGAACCAGUCAACAUGAAGAAACUUCGGCGGUAGCAAUUGAUGAUAUCUUCCGAUUUAUUGAUGAGCAGUCACAGUUUUAUCCGAGCGUAUCGGAACUGUUAGGGAUCUGUUAUUAUCAAUUAGCAGGAAGCGACACUAAUAUUCGUGUAACACUCAUUUCAGAUGUUUCGAACAUGUUAAGACCAGGUGAACUCGUUACAGAGUGGAUGCAGGCGGAGAGACUUCGUUCUCACUUAGAAAUUGGUGAUUUGAUCGAAUUUCGACGCGUAAUCGGUAGUAUAAAACGACGCAUUUAUACACAUUGGGGAGUGUUUAUCGGUUUUCACGAUAAAAAAGCAUACGUUGCUCAUACAGGGACCGAUUUCGGUGAUUUUGGCGACAACCUUAUCAGCGGUUCUGUUGAAUGCCUGGCAACUAUCAGAACAAAAGUGUCGUGUAGUAAUCAAAUACAGAUUCGUCGUGACGAGCUAAUAACUGUUGCCAACGGUGAUAGCUGCCGGAUAAAUAAUUCACUCGAUAAGGAGAAAAGGCCGUUUCCACCAGUUAUUGUGGUUGAUCGAGCUCUACUUAUGAUCGGAAAAACUGACUAUAAUCUCCUGCUAAACAACUGUGAACAUUUUGCAAAAUACUGCAGGUACGGUUUGAAGGAAAGCAACCAGGCAACAGUUGCGAAAAUCAUACUUGUAAUCUCGGCAACAUAUUGCAUGACGGGUUCACUAGCAGUUUCAGCAGUUGCGGGCAGUCUCACGUAUACGUUCGCUCGUUUGGGACGUGAUAUCAAACAGUUUGUUCCAUUCUAUCCGGAUGUAUUAUUGUAGUUAUCAAGAAUGGGCAAAGAUGUACAUGUGUACUAUAUGUUUAAUUACGUUGACUUACAGAUUUGAUUUUUUCUUUUUUGUAACAGACUUUCAUUUUUUGUAGUGUGACAUACAUAUUCCUGACGGAAUCAGAAUGUAUACGGGUUGUGAAUACAAUACGAUUUGUCAAGAACAAGCAGAAAAUACUGAUGAAGGAAG